AGUCUAAACCACACUCACUCGCGCAACUCAUCAUAUCUCACAUUCACAUUCACAUCAAAUUCAGAUUCAAAUUCAAAUUCACAUUCACAUUCAUGGAUUGUUUCUCUUCCCCCUACCACCACCGUUCGCGGACCAAGUCAUCGUCGCGCUUGGCUCGCAGAGCCCACAACGGAACGGUGGAGCCUCUUCGAAUUUCGCUCGACGUCGUUCCCUCGCCGGCGGAGGCCGCCAAGCCGCCGUCGCCGUCGCGGUCUCCGCUCUCUCUCCUCCGAUCUCCGACGAGCUCGCUUCCGCUCAGGGACCUUCUCCUCCUCUCGCCUUCCUCCGCGCGGAGGUCCAAGGCGCGCUUCGACGAGGAGGCGCCGGAGGCCGCCGGAGUGCGGCGCCGGUGCAAGAGCCGCGCGGCGGCGCAGAUUUCGUCGCCGAGGAGCUCGCGGAGGUGGCGGCGCGAGGAGAAGGAGGCGGCGGUGGAUGAGGCGGUGAAACAGAAGAAGAGGAGGCACAGUGGAAGACACAGGAAGGAAAGACUGAGCUUGGUGCCUUUUCAACCUCCUUCAACUUCUUCUCCAAAAACUGAUGAAGAAAAUGGGGUUGAUCUUGACCGUGUUGGGGCGCUGAUCACUGAUUUGAUUAUGUGGAGAGAUGUUUCGAAAUCGACCCUUUGGUUUGGUUUGGGAUGUCUUUGUUUCUUGUCUUCUUCCUUCACUAAAGGAUUCAACGUUAGCAUAUUCUCGGCCAUAUCACGAUUGGCAAUUCUCUUGUUGGGUGUUUCGUUCUUCUCAAACUCAGUUUGUCAAAGAAACCAGGUUGAGAAAAGGAGUUACACCAAGCUGAAAGAAGAUGACAUUUUACAUCUUGCAAAAUUGAUUCUUCCUGCGCUAAAUUUUGCAAUUUCAAAGACUAGAGAGCUGUUUUCGGGAGAACCGUGCAUGACCCUGAAAGUAGCUCCUUUCCUUUUACUAGGAGCGGAGUAUGGGCAUCUUAUUACAAUUUGGAGACUCUCUGCCAUUGGGUUUUUUGUCAGCUUCAGUGUACCAAAGCUUUAUUCUUGUUACUCUGCGCUGAUAAACCAGCGAGUUGAAUGCUUGAAAUUGCGAUUGUUGGACACGUGGAGUGCUUGCACUCACAAGAAGAUAGUUGUCGCUUCGGUGCUUAUUACCUUCUGGAAUCUAUCUACCGUAAAGACUCGAAUCUUCGCAGCAUUUAUAUUGCUUGUAAUACUUAGAUAUUUUCGGCAAAAUGUGAUGCCACAUGUAGAAGAUGGUGAAGCACAAGCUGCGGAGAAGGAACAACAGCAGGCAUUGAUAGUGGUUGCAGAACCUGAGGAAGAGGAACCACAGCAAGCACUAGUGGUUGCUGAACAGCAGCGCCAAUGCUAGAAACUUUGGUCAUCCGGCAAUUUCUUUAUACUGAGCACGUAUAUGUAUCUUGCAUUCACAGAUGGGUCAUUUCUUUGCAGUUAGAUUUACAAUAAAAAUGUGAUUUCAAGGCAGCCAAUGUUCAAUAUUUGCAAUCAAAAGGCAUUCUACAGUCAUAGUCAACCUGUUGUCUAAAUGUAUUCAUUUCUUGACACUUAGCACGAGUAUGUAUCUUGCACCUUGAGAUGGGGCAUUUCUUUGUAGCUAGGUGAAAAAUAAUAAAUGUGCUUUCAUUGCACAAAUUAAUUCAAGUUAGUGCAGUGCACAUAUGUAUUAAUUCAUACACAGCUAUUGUCAAAUCGACAGUAAGAAGCUUCA